GAGGAGGCUCCCUCUGUGCUUGAGUCAUUUCAGCUCUGCUCAGCCACUUGUUCAUUUCUCUCCAAGUCCCAGCUCACAUCUUUAAAUUUUUUUCAACAUGCCUCCCAAGAAGAUUGAACCAAAGAAACCAGAGCCCAAGAAACCAGAACCAAAGAAAGAUGCAGCUCCUGCUACUAAACCAGCUCCACCUCCAGAGCCACAACCUGAACCACCCAAGGAGCCUGACUUUGAUCCAAAAAGUGUUGCUAUUGAGUUCUCGGCUGACCAGAUUGAGGAGUUCAAGGAGGCCUUUACUUUGUUUGACCGCACACCGACUGGAGAAAUGAAGAUCACAUAUGCCCAGUGUGGGGAUGUGAUGCGUGCUCUGGGUCAGAACCCCACGAAUGCCGAUGUGCUAAAAGUCCUUGGGAAACCACGACCAGAAGACAUGAGCAUUAAGUUGUUGGAUUUUGAAACUUUCCUGCCAAUGCUUCAACACAUCUCCCGUGCAAAGGAUCAAGGCAACUUUGAGGAUUUUGUGGAAGGGCUAAGGGUUUUUGACAAAGAAGGGAACGGCACCAUUAUGGGAGCAGAGCUUCGUCAUGUGCUGGCAACCCUUGGAGAGAGGAUGACAGAAGACGAAGUGGACAGACUGAUGGCUGGACAGGAGGAUGCCAAUGGGUGUAUCAACUACACCUCCUUUGUGAAGCACAUCCUCUCUGGUUAACUUGGACAUUCAACAAAAAAGACAAACCUUGAUGUUUUUGUCACUUAUUUGAUCAUUGUCAGUUUGGAGGUGAGGUUGAGCUAAGAGCAGUGAAAAUCCAUGGAGGCUGUUCAGAAGUUAGGUUAGCAGAAAACAAUACUGUAAAGCAUCAGUUGUUAUUUUGAAUAUACUUUAUUAUUAAAAAUAUUUGUGAUUUAUUAUUUGCAAUGAAGAUACAUUGACCAAUAAAGAAAACAUACUUACUAAA